AAACCCCUUAAAAUCCUCCAGCCUCCAAAAUCCCGGGGUUUAUCAACCAUGCGACUCUCGACCAUAACUAAAUUCCGCCGCGCUCGGCCGGCGGCGGCGGAGCGCCGCCACUUCUUGUGCUACUACUCUUCCUCUUACUCUUCGCAUUCGCUGAUUAAUAGCUCACACCACCACCACCGUGACGAUCGGCGUAAUUACAGUCCUCGACGAUCGUCGGUGCUAUACUGGCACUCAUCUCUCGAUUGCAGUUCCUCUCCUCGACGAUUCUCAGCUCAGUCCGGCGCCUUUGAACCGGGCGAGCGGUUUCUUCCGGUUCAAACGCUCAUCUACUUGCUCGAUUCUUAUCACGAUGUUACUGGCUUGCCCUGGUGGAUCAUAAUCUGUUCAUCUACUGUGGCUAUGAGGCUUGCAAUAUUUCCUUUGAUUGUGUUGCAACUUAAAAAAUUGAGGAUGAUAGGAGAGCUGCUGCCUAAAUUACCUCCGCCUAUUCCACCACCUCUGUCAGGACGAAGUUUCAGAGACCAAUUUGCCCUUUUCUGGAUGGAAAAGGAGGCAGCUCGGUGCCCUUCAGUGCUUUGGUUCUUCUCCUCGGUUGCUGUUCAGGUGCCUUGCUUUUUCUUGUGGCUCAUGACUAUUCGUAAAAUGUCACUGGAUCAUCACCCUGGUUUCGAUAUGGGGGGGAUAUUAUGGUCAUUGAACUUGACUGAAUAUCCACAUGGAGCAUUGGGGCCUAUUUUCCCUCUGUGCAUUGCAGGCUUGCAUUUCGCUAAUGUUCAGCUGUCUCUUCGAAAUUCAUCACUUCAACACGUUCCAGGCACCUUAAAAUUAUUAGCAAAGAUAUACAAGGUUUAUUUGCAACUGCUGACACUGCCUAUAUUGAUUGCUACUUUCUAUGUUCCCCAGGGAUCCUUAAUAUAUUGGUUUACCAAUAGUACAUUCAGUCUCAUACAGCUAUUAUGUCUCCACAAUCCUAAUGUUCGCGAGUAUUUGGGGCUUUCUGAAAUGAAUGCUUCAGCGGUAUCUCCAACUGUCAUUCAAAGAGAACACAGCUCUUUAGCAGCAUAUACAGUUAUACGGACCAAAGAGGGAGAAAUGUCUGCAGAAACCCUAUCACCUGAAGACUUAGUUUCCCUUUCGAUCCAAGUCUUAAGUGGUGGCCAAAAAGAUGGUGCAAUUGCAUUACUUAGAGUUGCGCUCGACAAGGAUCCUGGGCAUGUAAGAGCUUGGCUUAUUAUGGGGCAAACGCUGUUACAAAAAGAACAUUAUGCUGAAGCUGCUGAGUGCCUAGACAAGGCUAUUUCAAUGGUUUGCACUAUAACUUCGAUUCAGCUACUUGUCGCCGGGAAUCCUACAGGAGUUGAAGAAGUUGAUCUUUUGAUUCUUUCGUCUCAAUGGGCGGGUACUGCAAACAUGCUUCAGGGAAAGACAGAAGAGGGUCUUGUGCACCUAGAAAGAAUAGCUCAGAUGAAAGAGCCCCAAGAUUCAAAGAGCAAAGCCCACUACUACGACGGUUUAAUCAUCCUCUCAAGCGCUUUAGUGAGUGUGAACCGCAGAGCUGAGGCGUUCAAGUACUUGCACAAGGCUGCUGCUUACAAUCCUGCCUUCUAUGGGUAUAUCGAACAAUUGGAAGCCGAAGUAAGGGGGUUCGCCAGCGAUCUAUCUAACAGCAACAGAUAUCUAUAAUUCAGUUCACACCAUCUCAGGUCCACCUCUCUUUCCUCCUCGUGUAUAUAAACUUAAAACAAGGCAAUGGGACGGGCCUCCAAAAACGGAGUUCAUCCUUUAUGACAGACAGCAAGUGCUCUAGUUAUACAAACUCCUUGUGCCUAUCCUUCUCCACACAAUCUGAUCGUCCAUUACCAAAGAUUUAAGGUGUCAUGUUGAAAGCCACAUAAAUCUCGUGGAUCGAGACGAGCGGACACGCAGCAGUGGAGGAGCUUCUGUUGGAGUAAGGUGAGCAUGUUUCAUGUUUGAAAAAUAAAUGAAUUGUGAAUGGCUGAGAAUUGAGGAAUCUUUUGUGGUUGCAUUGCCUGCAAAUCCAAUGCUUACACGACUCUGAGUUUCUUUAUUCUGCCAGACCGUAUAACGACUUUAAGCAUUCUCUUUUUGUCUUUGAUAUAUCUCUCUAUCAAUUCAGUUUUACGAUUCAUGUUUAUAUGUUUUUAAUUUCACUGUUAGAUAGUUCUACCUGAGACUCAUCAAGAUCUGAGUAUUUGUGAUUCCGAAUAUGCCUUUUUUAUUUAUAUUAGUUCCGUCUCAUGCAA